AUGGCGUCGCCAUACCACACCGCCGCCCCCCCCCUGAACCUGGAUUCUUCCACGCCGAUCCCUCCAGCCUCGUCCGAUCAACUGGGGAUUCGCAUAGGAAACUACACAAACUGCACACCCAUCGGCAGCGGCGUCACUUCGGAAGUCUACCGUGCAGGUCCCUACGCGCUGAAAGUCAUCGUCGCCGUCGCCAACCUGGAACCGCACAAUCCCCAUCGCGAGGCCAAAAUCUUGUCCAGCUUACGUCCACCCGUCAUACCGCUUCUCGAUGUCUUCCGUGACCACGAGCUACGUCUUGUCCUGCGGUUUCCGUACAUGCCCCUCACCCUGGCUGAUCUUCUAGAUCGGCGGGACCGGAACAAGCAUGCGCCGACCAAGGAGCUUGCUUCCAUUUUCAGGGACGUGCUGCGCGCGCUCGAGGCCAUCCACCACGAGGCCAUCAUCCAUAGGGACAUGAAACCAUCCGCCGUUCUCCUCCAGUCUCCCUCUGGUCCCGCUUUCCUCUCCGACUUUGGCACCGCCUGGCACCCCCACCUGUCGGCCUCGAGCGAGCGUCCGGACGACAAGAUUCUCGACAUCGGCACUGGGCCGUAUCGCGCGCCCGAGGUCCUUUUCGGGGACAAGGCCUACGGCACUCCCGUGGACAUGUGGGCCCUGGGCGUCAUGAUCGCCGAGGCUGUCCAGCCGCCAUCAUCCCUUCUCUUCGAGUCGCGUCCCGUCAGCGAGGACGGAAACCAGCUCGGGCUCAUCCUCAGCAUUUUCAAGACACUCGGCACUCCGACCCCCGAGACGUGGCCCGAGGCAAAGGCGCUGAAGGUUUCGCCCUUUGAACUUUGGACAGUAUUUCCGCCUCGACCAUGGCCCGAAAUACUACCCGACACCGCGCCCGUGUGGCGGGAGGCCGUUGCCGCCCUCGUGACGUUUCACGCAAGGGCCACAGCGUCCGAGGUAUGGCCCUGCUUCCUUGUUUUCUCGCCAUGCCUUGUGCUAAUUCACACAAGGCAUACCGCUUUUCGUGCUUUGCAGAAGAUGGGCUAA